AUUUGACUGAAAUGACUCAAAACAGCUUGACCUCUUUUGUAUUCUGAACAAGAAGAAGUAAUAGAUGUAGAAAACAAGAGAACAGAAAGAACUCCAAGACUGAAAGAACUCUAAGACUGAAAGAACUCUAUCCUGUAUCCAGAGUGAUGCAAGCUGCACCACAAAUUUUACCUCAACAAUCUACUGUUACACCCUUCUCAACUGAUGACCAUCCGUGUACAAAAUCCUCAUUGACCGUGGGCUCCAGAAAACGCCGGAACAUAUUUACAAUCAUAAGAAAUAUCCAUCACCAGAAUGCUGCUGUUACUGUGGAUACUGAAGAACAUCAAGCCCCAACUUGCUCAUCCACACAAACACCACAAAACAAAAGAAAAGCUAAAUGUGGUGAUGGUUCACCUUCAGAAGAGGACGAGGAAAAGUCAUCACUGAGGAGGGUUAAGGUAGUUUCUAAAAGAAGCAGACAGAGCUCACCUUUCUUGAGAAAUAAGUUUCGGAGGGGCACUCUUCUCCCAGUGGAUGCUGCACAAUGUGACUUCACAGAUAAAAGUUAUAAAGGAAAACCACAAGACAACCUAGAAGUGGUAGCUCAAUGUUCUGAUGGUGCAGCUUUGCCAGUGGACAAGGGGAAAGGAGCAGUGAAAAUGGUGGAGGCAACAUCGAAAAAACGAAGAUGUGUUUCUGCAAUCUUAAAGCUAUUUUCUCGAAAGCGAGUUGUGGCCCCCCUUAAAGAGAAAAGACCUCAAGUACUCCCUGGCACCUCCAAAGAAACAGCACCCGUUACAACAGAAGUGGUACCUGAAAAUGCGAACACUGCACCAUCAGCAAGGGGACAGGGAGAGCCACCAGUAGGGAUGGUGAAGGUGGAGACUAAAAAGCGUAGACACAUUUUUUCUUUUUUAAGGGGAAUUUGUCAUAAGACAACUGUAGUCCCCCAGGACACGCAGAGACCUUCAGUGUCUAAGGCUACAUCUACAAAAACAACUGAAAUAAAAACAAAAGACAUACCGGAGAAUGCUGACAACAAACUUGCACAAGAUGCCCAAAAACACACAUCAGAGAGCAUUGAGUCGGUGGAAGAAAGAAAACGGAGACGCAUUUCUGCAAUACUCAAAAGAAUGGAAUGCAAGCAAGCCAUAUGCCCUUCUGAGGUGAGGCAACUACAAGGCUGUACAAUUCUUUCACCUAAAACAAGAGGAAAGAGUGAUAAAGUUUCUUCAUUCUUUAGAAAAUUUUAUAGGAAGGACUCAAGUCCCUUCCAGGCUCCGGAGGAACCUCCAGCCCUUGAAGGGACAUCCAAAGAAAUGCAACCAACUACUAAAAGAGGGAGUCACAAUGCACCUGAAAUUAAGGAGAUAUUUUAUAGAGAAGAAGAGUUGGAAUAUCUUGAUGAGGGUUCCUUGGAAGAAUCUCAAAGCUGCAGUCACAAUGCACCUGAAAUUAAGGAGAUAUUUUAUAGAGAAGAAGAGUUGGAAUAUCUUGAUGAGGGUUCCUUGGAAGAAUCUCAAAGCUAUGGUAUCAAUGUUCCAGAAUCCCGAGAAACCAUUACUUCCACCAUGAGACAGCGUUAUUUUCUUCCAGAUAUUGAUAACAUAGAAGAUACAGAUACUGAAAAUGCACAAAAAGCUGUGGAUAGUCAAUCUGAUUCAACUGAGAUAGAAUACUGGGACCUGAGAAAUAAAUCGUCUACUGUUUCUCCUGUGGUCAACAUACUUCUGGUUCCAGAAGAAAAAACAGAAGAUGAAUAAAUAAAUUAGAAGAAAAGAAAAAAGAGGAGGCACUACUUUUUAUUAAAAGCUUCCAUAUUGCUCCAGUAAGUACAGCACACCCAGAGGCUUCAGGAACUUAAAAAGGAUUGAAGGGAUUGAGGGGGAGUUCACAGAGAAACAGAAACGAAGACAGACAUUCUGAGCCUCCAGUUUACCAGGAUAAAGAAUUGCUGUAUCAAAACCUUGUAGAGUUGUCAGGAGAUAUUGAGAAGAGAAGGAUGGAUGCAGAGGGGCUGAUUGUGAGGGGGUUGGGGUUUGGAAGGACAAUGUUAACAAGGUAGAACAGUACUCUGAGGUACAAAUCCCAAGGUGGGAAGGAAUCUGGCAUCCAAGGAAACCAACAGAACAUGGAAAGUCCCAAUGGAGAGUUUCUUACUUAGGGUUACCAUUGCUGUGAAGAAACACCAUACAGAACUUGGGAAGGAUAGGGUUUAUUUGGCUUACAUAUCCUUAAUCAAAGACCGUUGAGAGAAGCCCAUUAAGGAAGUCAAACAGUGAUGGAACCUGGGGGCAACAUUGAUGCAGAGGCCAUAGAGGACUCCUGCUUACUGCUCCUUAAUGGCUUACACAGCCCACUUUCUUACAGAAUAUAGGAUGAUGACUUUAUGGAUGGCCCCACACACAAUAGGCUGAGCCCUCUCACAUCAAUCACUAAUUAAGAACAUGAUCUGUAAGCUUGCCUCCAGCCUGGUCUUGUAGAAGCAAUUUCUCCACUGAGGCACCCUCCUCUCAGAUGACUUUAGCUUGUGUCAUGUUGAUGUCAAAAUAGCGAAGACUAAGGACAUGAGAAUGGAAGGCAAAUACAUAAGUCAUGAAGUACCAUAAGGUUGGUGGUACUACUCAUGUCUAAGAAUAUAUAAAUAGCAUCAAGAGUCAGAGUCGGGAAGUAAGGCUGAAAGGUGAGAGUGGAGAAACCUCGCCAGGCCAGACUCAAUAACACCCAGUAAAGGGGUGAAGAGACUUGAUGGAAGGAGAAAGGUUCAGGAGCUCUUUCCACUUCAAGGUAGCAAAGUCUCAAAGAUCUGUGGUGCCAUCAAGCUAGAAACCACAACUCUACCUUGCCAGGGUUUUCUCUAGGUAUGAGUUACUGGAGGCAUGGAGAGUUGGAAAAGACAGGAAGGAGACCUUGAACAUAAGAAAGUGGAUAUUCUCAACUAUGACAGCUGGGCGGCCUAGGAAAGGGCUGUCCAGCCACUGCAUAGUUUCAUGUCUUUUGAUAUAACCCUUUAUUUCUCUGUUCAUAAGCUCCAGACCUAGUUAUGAAUGAGGGGGACCUUUGGUAGCUGGAAUCAGAGAGGUGCUAGCAAUGGCCAGAACAACCUUAGUACAAAGCUUCUUCCAGGUCUCUGAAUUCAGAGACAAUGGCUUUGUUACCUGUGAAGCCUCUGGUAAGAUCUAGAUCCCUGCUUUACUCUUGAAUCUCCAUUUUCAGCCUCCUUAGACCCCUAAUCCCACUGAUACUGUGCUUCCGAGGUUAUUCUGUCAUUUCAAACUUAAUUACAGAAAUGCCGAGGUGUGUUGGCUCAUUUUGUCAACUUGUAACACAAUCUAGAGUUAUCUGAAAGGUGGAAAUCUCAAUUGAGAAAAUGAUUCCAUAAGAUCCACUCAUAGAGCAUUUUCUUUCCUUUAUUUUUUUCCACUAAUUUAUUUAUUCACUUUACAGUGAAUAAAUAAUCUCAGCCUCAGCUCCUCCUAGUCCUCCCUCACCGGCUCACAUGGCCCCUUAUACCACUCCCCAAUCCCCUUGUCCUCUCAGAAGGGGGAGUUCCCUCAACAGAAAUCAACCCAUCCUGGCACCUCAAGUCACUGCAGGACUAGAUAUAUAUUCUUCCACUGAGGUUAGACAGGCCAGCCCAGCUAGGAGAGCAGGAUCCACAGGUAGACGGCAGAGUCAUGGUAAGCCACCAUUCCAGUUGUUGGUGCAUCUGUAGACCAAAAUGUACAUCUGUGCAGGGAGGCUAGACCCAGUACUUGUAUGCUCUUUGGUUGGUGGUCACUCUCUGGAAGCCGCCAAGGGUACAGGUAAAUUGACUUUGCUGGUCUUUAUUUAGAGUCCAUAACCCCUCCAGGUACCUCAAUCCUUCCCAUAAAUCUUCCACAAGAUCCUGAGCUGGUCUUGAAUCUCCAUUAUCAGCCUCCUUAGGCUGUGAGUCUUUGGGUGGAGCUUCUCAGAGGACAGUUAUGUUAGGCUCCUGCCUAUCCAAGUAUAGCAGAGUAUCAUUAAGAGUGUUAGGGAUUAGCUCUUACCCAUGGGAUGGUUCUCAAGUUGGGCUAGUCAUUGGUUGUCCAUUCCCUCAGUCUCUGUGAAAUCUUUAUCCCUGAACUUUUUGUAGACAGGACAAAUUUUAGGUGAAAUGAUUUUUGGGUAGGUUGGUGUUCUUAUCCCUCCACUAGGAGUCCUGCCUAGCUAUGAAAUGGCCACUUCAGGCUCUAUAUGCCCCAAUUCUAGGAGUCUCAGUUAGAGUCACCCUCAUAUACUUCCUGGAGUCUCCUCCACCCCAGGUCUCUGGCACCUCCUAGAGAUCCCUGCCCCACAUCCCAUCUGUUUUCUGUUAACUCUCUCAGCCCUCUUUCCCACCCUGCUUCCUCCAUCCAUCCACCUCCAAUCACAAUUUUGUUUCCCCUUCUGAGUGAGAUUGAAGCAUCCUCUCUCAGGCCCACCUUGUUACUUGGCUUCUUAGGGUCUGUGGAUUAUAAUAUGGGUAGCCUGUACUUUAUGGCUAGUAUUCCA